AUGAGUUCAACCACAACGACCAUUACCACCUCUUCUGAAGUCUCUUCUCCAACCAAGAACAACCAUCACGGAACCAUGCCCGAUACAAUGACUCCAACACUUUCACCCAAGCUUUAUGGCUCACCCACCACAUCGACCUUGCCAAAGGUUCCAUUUGCAACCAUCCUUCACUCCAACAACAACAACAAUAAUACCCACUACACCACCGACAAGAAUUCCUCUGUGCUGUACUUACCAGCACAUCAAGCUUAUCAGCGCCCUUCAAGAUAUGUGCAGUGUUUGCAACAAAGUUUGAUCCGUUUCAUGUUUGCACUGGUCACUUUGUUCACGAUAGCAUGUAUUUGUUUGGGACGAUUUACAAUUUCACAAGGUUUAUUAUUUGAAUUUGUUGUUUGUGUGAGCAUGUUGAUGGUGGAUCCAUAUGUGAUGAUGCAAAGACGAUGGAGAAGAGAAAUUGCUCAUCAUCAGAUGCAACCAUCACAAAAACAGUAA